CCCGCCCCCGCCCGCCGGCCACCCCGAGCGGCUCCGGUGCCCCCCGGUGCCCCCAGACCCGGGCCCCCAACACCGAGGUAGGAGGCAGGAGGACGAGGAGGAGGAGGAGGAGGAGCCGUCGCAGGAUGAAGGAUCGGACUCAGGAGCUGCGGAGUGCAAAAGACAGUGACGAUGAAGAGGAGGUGGUCCACGUGGACCGGGACCACUUCAUGGAUGAGUUUUUUGAACAGGUGGAAGAGAUCCGGGGCUGCAUUGAGAAGCUCUCAGAGGAUGUGGAACAGGUGAAAAAACAGCACAGUGCCAUCCUGGCCGCCCCCAACCCAGAUGAGAAGACCAAACAGGAACUGGAGGACCUUACCACAGACAUCAAGAAGACGGCUAACAAGGUUCGGUCCAAGUUGAAAGCGAUCGAGCAGAGCAUCGAACAGGAGGAGGGGCUGAACCGUUCCUCCGCGGACCUGCGCAUCCGCAAGACCCAGCACUCCACACUCUCCCGGAAGUUCGUGGAGGUAAUGACCGAAUAUAACGCGACCCAGUCCAAGUACCGGGACCGCUGCAAGGACCGGAUCCAGCGGCAGCUGGAGAUCACUGGAAGGACCACAACCAAUGAAGAGUUGGAAGACAUGCUGGAGAGUGGGAAGCUGGCCAUCUUCACAGAUGAUAUCAAAAUGGACUCACAGAUGACGAAGCAGGCGCUGAACGAGAUCGAGACACGGCACAACGAGAUCAUCAAACUGGAAACCAGCAUCCGUGAACUGCACGACAUGUUUGUGGACAUGGCCAUGCUGGUGGAGAGCCAGGGUGAAAUGAUCGACCGUAUCGAGUAUAAUGUGGAACAUUCCGUGGACUACGUGGAACGAGCUGUGUCAGAUACCAAGAAAGCUGUGAAAUAUCAGAGCAAGGCCCGGAGGAAGAAAAUCAUGAUCAUCAUUUGCUGUGUGGUGCUGGGGGUGGUCUUGGCGUCGUCCAUUGGGGGGACGCUGGGCUUGUAGGCCCCACCACUCCAUCCCUCCCCGACCCCUCCCCACCACAUUGGGAGCAAUACCCCUACCACCCCUCUCACUCCAUCCCCUGCUCCAGGCUCACCCCCAAGACAGACCCAGGCAGCCCCCCCACUUCCCCUCCAUCAGACCCUGGCGUCCCUGGUCCCCCCCCACUUCCCCCCAUCACGGACCACCCUGCCCCUCCCCCGCACGUAGAUUGCAGCAGGCGUGAUCACACAUGCACACCAACAUGCAUGCUGCCGGCACAUGCUCGAGACGUGUGGACACCCCAGUGUGUGCGUGUGCAGAUUGUGUAGGUGCAGCCCAUUGCCCCUCCCACCCACCCCCCAAGUCUGUGUGUGGUCUGAGUCUCCCUCUCUUCACCCGGGUUGUUGUGUAGACUGUGGCCGAGUAUAAUGGCAGCCCACCAAGCCCUGUUCUGUCUUCCAUGAAUAGGGGUGUGUGUGUGUGUGUGUGUCCACAGGUUCACAGACACACAAUUUGCGUACCUGGAAUUUUGUGUUUCGAGUGUCUGAAUCUAGUGCCACAGCAGUUCCUCCACUGACCACCCCCAUCCCCCACCGCGCGUCUGCCACAGUGAGGCAGGUUGUGUGUGGACAGAGGUUCGCUCGCCCGUUCCAAGAGGGUCCGGGGAGGUCCAGAUGCCCACCGUCCAUGGCGGACACCCCAUCAUGCUGUGGAGCAGACCUACCUGGCUGAGUCACCCCGGGGGCUAUGAAACGUCUUGGGAGGUGUGUGUGUGUGUGUGUGUGUGUUGUGAGCCCAGGGUUCAGCCAAGGUGGGUGGAAGCAUACACACUGAAAUGACCUAGCUGGGCCUGUGUAGACACGUGCAUUUCCCCCGACAGGUGAUGCAUGUACAUGUGUGUGUGUCCCAAGGAUGUCCCUGAAGUUUUGACAGUUGUUCUCCCCUCACAGAGCCCCCCACACUGUGUAUGGACGCCUAUUUGGGGCAGGCACCAAAAUCUAUAUUUCUACGCUGUCUAGAAUAUGUUUGCGUGGCUGUGGGAGUGGGGGGUUGGCUUUCUACAUAGUGUGUUCCUGCCCCCGUGUCUUACACACACACACACAUGUGUUUGUCUCGAAGGCUGUGUGACACCCCAGGUUUGUGUUUCCAUGGUUACCUGUCCCUCCCCCUCCCCCUCCGGCUGCUGGCCUGUCUGUGGCUCAGGCACAUGCCCCGAUAUGUCAACGUUGUGCAACCCAGGCCCCCUGUCCUGCCAGGGCUCGGGGCCUCUGUGCACACAGGCCCGGAUGCUUAUCUUCCAGUGUGUGCUGGUGAAAGGCCGGCGCCCACAGAAGCCCGUAGGCCUCAGUGUCCUCACGGGCCAGGUGGAGGAGGUUGGCGAAGGUGGCCAUGGCCAGGCAUAUGUGCAAACACACGCAUGCACGCACACAGGAGCACACAUGUAUGCCACCCUUGGUGUGGAGACUGUUCAGGGUCACACCCCUUGGUCCAUGACUACCACCCAGAGGGGCUUUUUGGGGGACACUGUUCCUGAGGAGGCAAGAACUGCAGGCACUGCCCCUUCCUGCCGGCACCACCUGUCUCACACUCACCUGGCAGCCGAGGAGGCGUGUGUCCCAGGCUCCGGACUGACCCCGGGGGCUCCACCUCAGGCAGGAACCUGGGGUUUGGGGAAAUGUUUAUUUCACACACAGCAGAGUGGCCAUUGUGACAGCAGCCAUGCAGGGCAGGCAGGGGCUGGGGAACCUACCCCCUCUCCUGCUGGAAUGUCACCAACAGGUGCUCCCUUGACCAGGGUGAGAUGGGGUGCUUGGGUUUCUGGUGGCGAGGAAAGGGCUAGCAUGUCCCUCGUGGUGUGGCUAACACACGCACGCCUCAUGCAGUCUCAGGCCUGCCAGGUGGGAGGCACAGGGGGGUGAGGCGAGGGCAACGCUAGAAGCCCCACUCCCCGGCUCAGGGAUGUGGGCUCAUAUGUGGGUACAUGAAAGUGCCCUGCCCAGGGGUAGGACAUGUGUGCACAAGGCGAAGGACUUGCAUGCUUGUGUGUGUGUGUGUGUGUGUGUGUGUGUGUGUGUGUGUGAGAAUGCAAACGUGACCUUCUGGAACAAGCCACCCUCCUCCGUUCCUGGCUGUCAGGCCCUCCCCACCCUUGCCUGCGUGUGUGUGUUGUCCACUUGCAUGUAACCCCCUAGGUCGGCUGCCCUGAGGAGGGGAGCUUGCCUGUCCACUCCCAGAAUGUCCUUCUGCUGGACAGGAAGUUGGCCCUGGUGUCUCCCUGCCAGUCCUCCUGCUCCACCUCACGUUCCUUUGGGGACCUCGGAGUGGGCCCCAGCACCCCCACCCCACACACUUUCUUCCUUCUUGCUGCCCGGCCAGGAGCCCCUUUCAGUACAGGUGUUCCUGGAAGCCCCAGACCUUGGGGCUGUGAGAAGGGUGGAGCCAUGGUUGGAGGGCUGCUGCCGCCUUCUCGAGUGGGGCUAGGCCUGUAGCUGUGCAUCUCAGGGCCUCUGUUGGGCCAGGGGACCCCAAGGGCCUUUGCUGAGUCCCACACAUCCUACGAUGUGUUUGCUUGUCGGCUGCCGUGUGUCUGUACUUGUGUCCUGGAGUGGUGUUUGGGGCUGGUGUCUUUUGCAUGUUCUCGGACAGGUGUGCACUUCCCACCCUCCACACCCCUGCAGCCGCUGAGCCCACAUGUGCCCCGUGGGUGGUCCCGGGCCUGGCCAGGGCUCUGUGCUCCCCCUUCCCCGUCCCUGCCUCUCAUUAAGCACACUGCGUGUCCACCCCAUGUGCCCGUGGGUCGAAGCACACUCUUGCCACGCCCUGAGCGUGUACACGUCUUCUAUGCAUUCACCCUGUUCCCCCCUGCCUCCAGCCCGCCCCGCAGAGGACAAGAUGGGUGGCCCCUGGCUCCCUCCCCGCCCCCGCCCGCUGUGCAGCCGUGUACGUUGGCGUGUGUUUCCGUGUCGCUGGCGUGUCACGUGAUGUAGCCGUGUUUGCUGACAUGAGCCCCUGCCCCCUUCUCCAUUUCUCUGUUGGUUUCUAGAGCUCUCUCCCUCCCCUUCCUGGAGGGGCAGGACUCCUGGGGCCUGGCUGGGGGCCCAGGGCCAGGCCACCUUCUGUUAGCCCUCAGGGCCCCAUUUCUCUCUAUUGGUAACCAAGUUGCAAAUGGAUAAAACACAGGAAAAUUCUGCCCUCCCCCCGGACCCCAGCCCUGCAUGUCCUGUCCCUGGAGCCCCUCAUCCCCACUCUGGGCCGGGUCGGGCCCCGUGGGACGGGAGAAAUAGCAACCAGUCCAACAGCGGGCUUGCUGUGUGCUCACGUCCUUCUGUCCCCGCCUGGGACGGGCGCCGUGGAGGGGAGGUGCUGGGGGAGGGGGCAGCUGGACAGACACACGGACUCAGGCUUGGACCAAGGGGCUUUAAUCCAGGGCUUGGCCAGUCACAUCACGAAGAAGGCAGCUACAGACAGAUCCGGCAAAGUCGCAGAGGCUGAGUUUGGGUGCAGAGGUGGGAAGAAGCGAAAUUGCUUUGAUUUCCUCAGCUUCCAUGGAGGGGAAUUAAAAGAUAAAUGUC